AUGACGCGCAGCUCCAAGUCGCUCCGCGCGAGCUCAGCUGUGGCUGGUCAACUGCAGACGACGCUCACGCGCUCACUAACGGACUGUGUAGCAGCGACUGUGAGUUCCGUGUGUGCAAGUUUCCAGAAUACAGUGGAUACGGCGCAGACGAGUGGUAGAAACCCUAUCGACGAGAGCAGGGACUACGACCGAUACUACGACCAUUGCCGCCGUCUCGUGGACUACAUUGAGCAGAAUAUGGAGACGUCGACGGACUUUGCUGCGCAUAUGGACCGCAUCAUUCUGGCUUGUCAUAGCGACGCUUCGGAGAGCGUGCUGAACGCCUUGGUGACCGAGCCGCUGUGGUUUCAUCGACGUGGAGAUGCUCUGUCGUUUUCUGUGGAGAAGGAGGAACAGAAGAAGCUGCAGAGAAAGAAGGAUGGUGCCGACAGUUACCAUAGGAGAAGUAGCAGUAGUCGUGGAAGCACUAGCUCGGCCAGGUUGACGACGGAGAAGAAGAAGAAGGAAAAUCGAUCUCGACCUUCUGUUCAGUCUUUGGCCAAGGUGGCGAUUAAAUUAUCAACUCGCUCCUCUUCGAUGCAUGGAAGGAGUGGUGCGAGUAGCAGGAAGGCAACAAGAGUGAGUGAAGAUGACACACGGCCGUUCAAGAAACUGCGACGCGCGACAAGGUCGAUGGUACAUGACAAGCCAGCUGAUAAAGAGAUAAAACGUGAACACCGACCGAAAGAGAGAAAGGAGGUGCAAGAGCCGGAGGAUGCUGUGUUGUCGUUUGAAGAUGCGAUAGGCGACUUGUGCUACCCGGAUCGCCGCACAUCGACACAAACGAAGUUCUUCAAAGAUCGGCUGCGCAAGUCAAUUCGAUUCGUAGAUGCGCUGUUAUGCAAUCCUCCGCGCGGCAAAGUGUGUCAGCGUGGAUGCAAGAAGAUUCGCGCUCAGAUGUGUAGCAGCUCUACACCGUGCAAGAACGAGAUGUGCCGCAUCUGGCACGAUGUUGAGGCACACACAGAUUGCUGCCUGAACGCACGAUGCGAGUUCAAAACGAGGGUUUUGCUGCGCGAGACGAUGCACAAGAUGGAGGUGAUCAAGCAGCGGAGAGUUGCAAUCCAGACGAAGUUGUGCAAGAAGCACGCUGAGCUUAAGGAAGUUGCUGAUGAUGAUAAGGAAUCGUUUGAAAUCGACAUUGCUAGCUUGGAGCAGGACCUUGGAGAUUGUGAUGGUGAAAUGGGUGUGCAGGAGGCGGCCAAAAGAACAUUUUGGAGAAUUUUGAACGAAAUUGGAAUUGAUGCGAGGGAUGACGUGGUCGACAGUUUUCCAGACUUUGAUACGCAUUAUGGAGACAACAAAGGCUUACGUAAAGCACGAAAGGUUGCUUGUACUACCGCUCGCCGUUCGUCUGGGUCCAGCCGAAACUUGGGCGUUGCUACUCUACAUGCCUACGCUGGUCAUCAUGGCAGUGAUGACAAGGAUGUUGAAGAAGUGGGCAAUGAUAAUAGCGAGAGUGUGGGUGGCAAUAUGCACCGGAGCACACCACACAGGAACACACCAAUUGGACGUGCAGCCCUCCGUAAAAGUAGCAAAAGAAGGAAAGGGACGGUGACAAGCGGAGUCAAAAUAUUGAACGACAGGUGUGAGGAGCUGCUCUCUCGUAGCUCGGGGAAACCGUCUCAGCAUGAUGAACCGCCGCUACCACCAGCUGGCCCUCCACCCUUCCGGCAAAACCCUGAAUUGGAUCGGGAAUACGCUGCUAGCGUUUUGGGCUACUCUUUCCAGCUACCGGUCGAUGAUCGUGAGGCCGUAGCCGUUACUGCUCACGUUGAACUGACUGAGGUGAUUGAGCCUUUAUCGCCUAUCGGCGAAAGUGAAGUGCAGAUGAUUGAUACGCAGCGAGGUGGUGAAAACAGCUUUGGGAUGAUGACAAGUGUGAGUUCUAGCAUGCUUCUUGAAGAGCCACUUGAUGCGGUGGAUAUAAGUCAUCUACAUCCAUCUCUUAGCGAGCCACUCACUACACUAGGCAUACGGGUGAAAUCGCCGCCUGCAGAACCACCCGCUACAGUUGGCAUGGAGUGCACUUCUCCUCCUGCUGAAUUCAGCACCGCGGGGUUUACCGCUCUCGACAGUGGGCCGCAAGGUCUGUGA